GCAAGGGAAGGCUAGUCCCACCUCCUUGCCACUCAUAAGGAGUUAUGUGAGGCCGAGGCUCUGAGGCCUAGCCACGGAAAGGGUGUCAAGAGUGACUUCAGACACUGCAAGCAGCAAGGAUGUCAUCCAGGGGACACCUGGAUGUUUUAGCAUCCUGUUGAAACUCCUCAUUGGAUAUGUGGAAUCCUAACCAAGGAAUGCCAGCUCAGCAGCCUUGCGCACCUGGUCCAUACCCUGGGCCAGGCAUGCAGCCUGGCCAGCAACCCCCACCCACUGGAUACCCUGGCCCAUAUGGGCCCCCUUCUCAAGGAUCGCAUCACCAUGGGCAUCACCCUCCUCCACCUGGUCCAUCAGGAGGACCUGGAUGCCCUCCAACUCAGCCACCAGGCUGCCACCCCCCUGGAAGUCCUCAUGGGCAUCACAAGAAGCACAAGCAUCACAAGGAACAUAAGCAUCACAAGGAACACAAGCAUGGCCACGGCCAUGGCCACAGCCACGGCCAUCAUGGCAAAAAGCAUGGAAGCAGCUCCAGCAGUAGCAGCUCCGAUUCAGAUUGAAGAUGUCCUUUUCUGCGCUCAAGUGGAGCCCAGCUUUCAAGCCCUUUCCAGCACUUCUGGCUACAAUUAAAAUUACUUUAGAGUCCUUG